AUGGCAUUUCCGUCUGCACAGCAUUCACAUCUGUCUCACCCUACUUCUUCUCCGGCUGCUGGUCCUUCCUGGGGUGGCAUUUCAUCAGCCUCUAGAGUUCCAGCAUCCGGCACCAACACUCCUACAGGCUCCACCUAUCUGAUGCCGACCAGCCCCGCCAAGAAUGCCGUCGCAGCCAGAGAUGGCAUGAAGCCCAAGAUCUCCAAGACUUCGGGUCAGAAGCCGGCCUGUCUGGUUAACGCUUCCGUGACCUACUGCGGAAACGACCAGAUCUACGCAUUUGGCGGCUUCGAUCAAUUCACCGACGAAGUCUACAAUCACGUGCUGAGACUCAAUCUCAAGACGCUAAACUGGACGCUAGUGGACAACUAUGGGGACAUACCUGGUGUGCGCAUGGGACAUUCAGCCUCGCUCUACGAAGGCGACAAGCUUCUGGUCUACGGCGGAGAGAACGAGCACCGCGAGUAUCUGUCAGACGUGGUGAUUCUGAACCUCAAGGAUCAUCAUUGGACCCAACCCGAUAUCCAAGGACCUAUUCCCAAAGGUCGCGCGAGACAUGGCGCCGUGGUCUACGAAGACAAACUAUUCAUUCUUGGUGGGUUGACAGGUGAAGCCAACUACAUUCUUGACGACAUCUGCUACCUGGACCUAAAGACGUGGACCUGGUCGAAGACAUGGAGCUUCGUGCAAAGAUUCGACCACAGUGCCUGGAUCUGGGGCGGUCGACUGUGGGUGUUGGGGGGUCUCGGUGCCGAUAUGGAACGGUCGUCCGAAAUCUGGUGGCUAGACCUCAAGGGCAGCCCGGCCUUGUCGGGGUCUGGCAGACAAUACUCGACAAUGGGCCGUGUGCCUGCCACAAGGCAGGACCUGUGGCCUCAAUCCACCCGCGCCGAUCGAACCGAUACAUAUACUGCCAACUCUGGAAGCCUGCAUAUCCGGUCGAGUCGCCGGGAGAAACCGACUGCACCCGGAGCGAUAUCGUCACUGAAGUUCAUCUCAGGGCCCCAUGUCCCGUUCCAGUCAUCAGGAAACCAUUUUCACGUCUGCUCAUCAGGAGCCCUGCUAGACUUUGUCACGCCGGCAUCCAAUAUACGUCACACCGAAUGCAAUCUAUCUUCCCUCGAGCUGGACUCGCUGAGAUGGCAGCGGCUCGUGGAAGGCCCGGAGAUAUUUCCACCGGGCUACAAAUGGCACUACUGCACCAUCAACGAAGACGGGACCAAAGUUUGGCUACUUGGGUCUCCUGCUGAUGAAUCUAUCCCCGGCAACCAGGAACUACAACUCAGUGAAGUCCUAGCGGUCGAUCUUAAGAGGUACGGUUUGCUAGGGACACAAGACACGUCGAUGGCUUCCGAGCAGAAUCGCAUCCUGGCGUCUGAACGACAGACAGUGCACACGACAUCGUCGAGCGUCGGUACAGGACUCGGCUCAGAUCUUGCAGCAAUAUUUGACCAGCCUCCGGAAACCAGCAUGAGCGACUUCAUCAUCACAGCGAACCUGGAAUCAACCGAUGACGACGACAUCUCAGAGGCCGACUCCCAUCCUCGCUUCUCGCUCAACUCGACUAGCAGUCAGAUGUUUGUGUCGGAGUCGGAAACCACCAACAUUUCCCAACCCAUCCACGUACAUAAAAUGAUCCUCCAAGCCCGCUGGCCGCACUUCAAACGACUGUACGCGUCGAAAAUGAUCGAGUUCCAUACUUCGCGAAUGCACAUUCCCGAACCCUAUUCGGUUGUUCGCGCUUUUCUGUACUACCUGUACACCGACAGUAUUGCGCCACACCCAGUCUUCUGUCGAGACUUGACCGAUGUGGCUGGGAUGCUCGUGAUGGCCAAUCUAUACGACAUGCCGAAACUCCGCCUUCUCUGCGUCAAUCGGCUAUCGCGCGAAAUUGACAUCGAUCAUGCCGCAGUGAUCUGGGAGCGUGCCGGACGCACGGACGAGGAGUGGCUGAGAGCGCGUGCCGCCCGAUUCUGCCUGAUGAACUGGGGCCGAGUCGUCCGCACUGAGGGGUUCAGGAGCCUUAGUCGGCAGAGUCUGAUGGAGCUAUGCGAGGUUGUGGAUAUGGAAGGCCGCGUCGUGGGCGGCGAGGAAUUGGACGAAGGUGCCGACGGGUUCGGGUUGGGAAGUGGGUACCGAUACCGUAGGCGGAGCCACCGACCGAGCGAGACGGCCGAAGAAACAGAGGGUGAUGAGGAGGAUGGCAUGGACGUGAACUAA